CUUCGGCAUCGGCCGGGGCUCCACACUCAUCAAGGAUCAAGGCGCGCGGAGUAUCCGGAGUCAGGCGUGCCACGUUUAGUUCUUACGGGGAUUGUUGGCCCCCGGAAUAACCGGAAUUUUAUCGUAAAUUCAAGCGACGACUCGCUUGCUCGAUUUGGAUUCCCUAUCCGCCUAUUAAGCCGUGGUCUAGAACCCCCUGAAUCAUGAUGAGGAUGAGCUACAUCGGCAUGAGGCGGAUCUAACUGCAAGAGAGCUGGCCUUGCGAGUGAGUCAAUCAAAUCCACUGGAAAUGAAGCAAAAGUGCAGAUUCCACAAUGGAAUGAAUCAUGGAGUGAUCCUUCACACGUGUUUUAAAGGACGAGGCCUUCGAGCCUUCGACUAAACCACUGGAGAUCAUUUCGGGUCUAGUUGCUAGUUUGUGGUCUCAUUGGGGGCCGAAUCCAGGGCUGAAACUGGAGCAGAUUGACUGAAUCAGGAAUGGGCAGGCACCCACGAACAAGCCACCUUGGCGAUUUAAGACGCUGCUUAUCCCUGCCAGGAUCAUCAGCCUGUUAUCCAUGAUUCUGCACAUUGAAGCGAACCGUCCAUUCGCAACAAUGCAUGUUCCCACAGCGUCAGCCGUCACUCGUGUUCGGGCGUCGGGGAAGAGAUCGCGCACGGGGUGUCGCACUUGCCGUGCCCGUCACGUCAAAUGCGACGAAACCCCAGUCGCGUGCCACAACUGUACGUCUACAGGCCGCAAAUGCGACGGCUACGACGCCCAACGGCUCCCCCGCGACCGUAAAAAGGGCGCCGACAAGACAGGACCAGCACUAGCUCUACAGGCCGACGUCGGCCGAACAAUCGCCUGGGUAAUGACCUCGGACGAGCGGCAGUGCUUCGCCUACUUUCAUGGGCACACAAUUCCAACACUGCUCCAAUUCUUCGACUCGACGCUGUGGCAGAAACACGUGCUCCAGCUUGCUCGGUACGAGCCAGCAGUCUAUCACGCCAUCGUCGCCCUUAGCGCGAUCCACCACAACUCCGCGACCAACGGGAUGCAGCUGGCUACGCCCGCGAGUAUUCGCGCCGACGACGCGUGGCAUCAGUUUGCGCAAGACCAGCUGGGGAGGUCCGUUGCGCUGUUGAACCAGCGAUGUACCUCGCAAGACCCGUCGCUUCGCGAGGUGAUUCUCGUCUGCUGUCUGCUGUUUAUCCUGGCGGAUUUGUUGCGUGGAAAAUAUGAUGAUGCGUUCCAACACCUCCGUGGAGGGCUCUGCAUCCUCAAAGAGCUUCAAGCUGCCGGGAAUGCAUCGAAUGCAUUUGUCCUCGUUGAGGAAUCCGUCGUCGCGGCUUUUGGCCAUCUCGACAUUCUGGCUUCGCACUACGAUCGCAUCUUCCCCAUCCUCUGUCCGUAUACUCAACGAAGCUUUAUGCAACAUCUUCCUUGUAGUGACCGAUAUUCAGCCACACAAUUCCACACCCUCCGCGAAGUCCGCGCCGCCUUUGAUGUGAUGUUACGGAAAACCUAUCGCUUCUGCUCACGGUGUCUGGGCAUUUCGCAAGAAGAGAUUUCGCAAAACUAUGAAACUCUCCAGUCAGAACAGCAUGCCGUCUGGUCCGAGGUUGAAGAGUUCAAGCAACAGUUCGAUCCCUUCUAUGCAACGUACUACGACUACCUGACGCCCAAGGAGCAGCGAGGCCUCGAGAUCAUCAAGAUCCACCUGCUGAGUAUCCCCGUCGGCCUGAAAAGCCUGCUCCUCGGUAAGAACCGCGCGGCUCUCACCUACUACACCCCCGAUCUCGAGACUGUCUGUACAAUGGUCGAGGAGAUCAUGGCGCGAUUUACUGAAAGGCCAUCCAUGACGAUGGAGAACGGUGUUAUUCCUCCGCUCUUCCAUUGCGCCACGCUCACUCCAGACUACAGCAUCCGAUGGUGGGCUCUAGAGUUACUCCGUUCCUGGCCGCACCGCGAGGGCCCCUUUGACUCGAACUGGAUAGCAUAUCUCUCCGAAGAAGGGUUCCGACUUGAGCUGGAACACCGAUGCGCGAAUGAGCCCGGAUUCCGGGAAACGGUGUUCCUGCUCAGAGGUGAGGAGUUAUCGGUCGACGAAAUGAUUUUCAGACUGGGUCGCAGUCAACGACGGCAGUUGCAUGGGUUACGGAGGGGAGGAGGAGAAGGGGGAGGAGGAGAAGAGUGGUCGACAGAGGCACCCGGGAGGGACUUUUUAGAGACGUUUGCCGAGUUUGAGAAUAUGAGGGAGUGGUCAUGUGUGCGUGCUUUGAUGGAAUUUUGUCGGUCGUCGAGGAAGGCACCGGGGGAAUGUUUAUUAUGAGAUUCAUACUUCUUAAUGACUGUGCAUAGACUGUGAAUAGCUUCAAUGUCUGCCGGGCUGGAUACAAUGCUGAUCCCGACUCCUUGGCAGGCUCCAACUGUUGCCUUGAUUCUUGAUUCUAAUUUAGCAUCUUGGUCGCUGAGUUGGUCGUUAUCAAUAUAUAUGUUGUCCCACCGGCAUGGACUAGAAACCUAAGC